AUGGGUAAAACCAGCAAAGUCGUGGUUUGCGGAAUGAAAGGGGUUGGUAAAACAGCGAUACUGGAACAGCUAAUUUACGGGUGUGUGAAUUUAAAGUCCUCCUUUUAUCCAACUAUUGAAGACAUCUACGUUGCUAAUAUAGAAACCGAUCGAGGGACUAAGGAGAGGGUAUGUUUCUAUGAUACAGCUGGUCUGGAGCCCCCUAUCACAGGGCCUCCACAAUCACCAACAAUGCAGCUGACGGCUAAUCAAGUUCUACAGCGGCAUUACCUGGGUUUUGCUGAAGGCUUUGUUAUGGUGUAUGACACAACAAAGCCAGAAUCACUUGAUGUACUUAUGUAUUUAAAGAAAGAUGUUGAUAGGAAUAAAGAUAAAAAAGAGGUAGUCAUGCUAGUCAUAGGCAAUCGAACUGGACCCGACGACAUUAACUGUCUUGAAAACACAUGCUCAAAAGCUGCUAACUGGUGUGCCAGGGAGAAAGUACGACAUUUCGAAGUAUCUGCAAUGGACCGACCAUCAUUAUAUGAACCAUUUAUAUUUAUGACAUCAAAGCUCAAUCCGGUUCAGAAUAAAACAGCUUUUCCACAGCUAAGUACUUUGAGCAAACUGACUCAGAAGAAUAAUCGUAGCGAUGCUAUGUAA